AUGGCGCAUUCUGGAAAGGGUCCUUCCACCAGCCAAUCAUUUCCUCCAUCCAGUCUUCCACAGAGUUCCCUCAUCUUCCCGUGGCAUUUCAGACCCUCUACUCCUCAGCUUUUCGCUGCCUAAGGGGGCCUACGUCCGUCUGGACCGCGCAUGCGCACAUCCAUGUCCAGGGUGGCGCACGCGCAGUAGCAGGGUCGGCCUGGGCAGUCGCUAAGCUCGUGUGUUGGGCAGUCCCACGCCGCAGUGGAGAGAGUCGAACCUCGAUUUUGUCGGUGUCCAUUGUGGGCAGCGGAUUUACAGAGAUCAUGGCGCCGGCGGAUAUCCUGAACGGGAAGGUCAUCUCUGCAGGUUUUUGAGUGAAUUAUGGAGUCAUUGGCAGUGAAACCCACCUUGAGUUUCCUGGAAGAUAGAGAUGGACAAAGAAGAUGCUGCCACAGCUUGGCACCUUGACCUUCAUGGAGAGCUUGACUCCAGGAGCAGGCAAAUAAGGGAGAGACUGAAGAACCAAGUCAUUCAGAUGAAGGAGCAAGCACCCGGUUUCACACCAGGCCUGGCAAUUUUACAGGUCGGCAACAGAGAUGAUUCUAAUCUUUAUAUAAAGGUGAAGCUGAAGGCUGCUGAAGAGAUCGGGAUCAAAGCCACGCACAUUAAGUUACCACGAACGGCCACAGAAUCUGAGGUGUUAAAGUGCAUUACAUCUUUGAAUGAAGACCUCACUGUGCAUGGUUUCAUAGUGCAGCUACCUUUAGAUUCAGAGAAUCCCAUUAACACUGAAGCAUUGGUCAACGCUAUUGCACCCGAAAAGGAUGUGGACGGAUUGACUAGCAUCAGUGCUGGAAAACUUGCUAGAGGUGACCUAAAUGACUGUUUCAUCCCUUGUACACCCAAAGGAUGCUUGGAACUCAUCAAGGAGACAGGGGUGCAGAUUGCUGGAAGGCACGCUGUGGUGGUCGGGCGCAGUAAAAUAGUUGGUGCCCCAAUGCAUGACCUGCUUCUGUGGAGCCACGCCACAGUGACCACCUGCCACUCUAAGACUGCCCACCUAGGCGAGGAGGUAAGUAAAGGUGACAUCCUGGUGGUUGCAACUGGUCAGCCUGAAAUGGUGAAAGGGGAAUGGAUCAAACCUGGGGCAAUAGUCAUCGACUGUGGAAUCAAUUAUGUCCCAGAUGAUACAAAACCAAGUGGAAGGAGGAUUGUGGGUGAUGUGGCAUACAAGGAGGCCAAGGAAAGGGCAAGCUUCAUUACUCCUGUUCCUGGUGGCGUCGGGCCAAUGACGGUGGUGAUGCUAAUGCAGAGCACGGUAGAGAGUGCAAAGCGUUUCCUGGAGAAAUUUAAGCCAGGGAAGUGGAUCAUUCAGUAUAACAAACUUAACCUGAAGACACCCGUGCCAAGUGACAUUGAUAUAUCACGGUCUUGCAAGCCAAAGCCCAUUGGUAACCUGGCUCGAGAAAUUGGUCUGAGCUCUGAAGAGGUAGAAUUGUAUGGUGAAACCAAGGCCAAAGUCCUGCUGUCAGUACUGGAACGCCUGAAGCACCAGCCUGACGGGAAAUACGUGGUAGUGACUGGAAUAACUCCAACACCCCUGGGAGAGGGGAAAAGCACAACCACGAUUGGGCUGGUGCAGGGCCUCAGUGCCCAUCUCCAUCAGAACGUCUUUGCAUGUGUGCGACAGCCUUCUCAGGGCCCCACCUUCGGAAUAAAAGGUGGUGCUGCAGGUGGCGGCUACUCACAGGUCAUUCCUAUGGAAGAGUUUAAUCUCCACCUCACUGGUGACAUCCAUGCCAUCACUGCGGCUAAUAACCUUGUGGCUGCGGCCAUCGAUGCCCGGAUGUUCCACGAACAGACCCAGACAGACAAGGCCCUCUUUAAUCGUUUGGUACCAUCAGUAAAUGGAGUGAGAAAGUUCUCUGAUAUCCAGAUCCGGAGGUUACGGAGACUAGGCAUUGAAAAGACUGACCCUACCACACUGACAGAUGAAGAGAUAAACAGAUUUGCAAGAUUGGACAUUGAUCCAGAAACUAUAACUUGGCAAAGAGUGCUGGAUACCAAUGACAGAUUCCUGAGGAAGAUCACAAUUGGACAGGCUCCGACGGAGAAGGGGCACACACGGACGGCCCAGUUUGAUAUCUCCGUGGCCAGUGAAAUCAUGGCUGUCCUGGCUCUCACCAGUUCUCUAGAAGACAUGAGAGAGAGACUGAGCAAAAUGGUGGUGGCAUCCAGCAAGAAAGGGGAGCCCAUUAGUGCCGAAGAUCUGGGAGUGAGCGGGGCAUUGACAGUACUCAUGAAGGACGCCAUCAAGCCCAAUCUCAUGCAGACAUUAGAGGGCACUCCGGUAUUUGUUCAUGCUGGGCCAUUUGCCAACAUCGCACACGGGAAUUCCUCCAUCAUUGCAGACCGGAUUGCACUCAAGCUUGUUGGUCCCGAAGGGUUUGUAGUGACUGAAGCAGGAUUCGGAGCAGACAUUGGAAUGGAGAAGUUCUUUAACAUCAAAUGCCGGUGUUCUGGUCUCCGCCCACAUGUGGUGGUGCUCGUUGCCACUGUCAGGGCUCUGAAAAUGCACGGAGGCGGCCCCACGGUUACUGCUGGACUUCCUCUGCCCAAGGCUUACAUAGAGGAGAACCUGGAGCUGGUUGAAAAAGGCUUCAGUAACUUGAAGAAACAAAUUGAAAAUGCCAGGAUGUUUGGAGUUCCAGUGGUAGUGGCCGUGAACGCCUUCAAGACAGAUACGGAGGCGGAGCUGGACCUCAUCACCCGCCUCGCCAAAGAAAAUGGGGCUUUUGAUGCAGUGAAGUGCACUCACUGGGCAGAAGGGGGCAAGGGCGCCCUGCUGCUGGCUCAGGCCGUCCAGAGGGCAGCUCAGGCACCCAGCAGCUUCCAGCUCCUCUAUGACCUCAAGCUCCCAGUUGAGGAUAAAAUCAGGAUCAUUGCACAGAAGAUCUAUGGGGCAGAUGACAUUGAAUUGCUCCCCGAAGCACAGCACAAAGCUGAAGUCUACACAAAGCAGGGCUUUGGGAAUCUGCCCAUCUGCAUGGCCAAGACACACUUGUCCUUGUCUCACAACCCAGAGCAAAAAGGCGUGCCCACUGGCUUUGUCCUCCCCAUUCGCGACAUCCGCGCCAGCGUUGGGGCUGGCUUUCUGUACCCCCUGGUGGGAACGAUGAGCACCAUGCCUGGACUCCCUACCCGGCCCUGUUUCUAUGAUAUUGAUUUGGACCCUGAAACUGAGCAGGUGAAUGGGCUGUUCUAAACAGAUUGUCCAUCUUCAAGAAGCAACUUUGAAAGUUUGGCCAGUGUUUAUUCAGGCCUCCUAUCGGGAGGUGUGUGGAAGUUGAGAGAAGUCAGUCCCGGCCCCGAAGAUUUUCUGAAAAAUAAGUAGUGGGAGUUUCCCCAGAAGCCUUUCUUCAGUCUUAAUUCCCACCAUCGUGUAUAAAUCAACACAAAUCAUUCAUGCACAUGCCUAAUUACUUUACUGAAUCCAUAGAAUAAAAGUAAAUAAUUUUGCAA